GUUUUAUUUUGAUCUGCUGCUGUUAUGAAGGCCUGACAUGGGAGAGAUCCCAAGUCCGCUGUGACAUCAAGAUCAGGAUCACAACCCAAACACCGACGAUGCUCCGUCCGGCGAGUCGGCUGCUGCUCCUCGGCGCCCGCCCCGCGGUGGAUGCUGGGGUGCCAGGAGGUGCUUCAUGGGUCAGGGUCACACCCCUCGCUGCCACUGCCACACACAGCAGGGGAGUAGCCAGCAGCUCCUCUGCCCUAGCUGGCCUGUUUCUGCCAGCUGGUCUCAGGCACCCCUACACCACACCUGCUCUGCUCAGACCCAUCCAUACCUCACCCACACCAGCCUCAGAUGCCUCAACAUUGGUAGAGGUGGAGGCUGACCACCUGUACAGCUGUGUGGAGGUGGAGUGCCGCAGCCAUGAGCCAGCUGUCCUCCGUUCCUACCUCAAGUUUGUUAGCACAGCCGCUGGCCACCUGGAUGUCCCACUGGAGGAAAUUGAGUGGCCCAAGAAGCACAUCAAGCGCUGGACGCUCCUCAAGUCUGUGCACAUCCACAAGAAGCAUCGCGUGCAGUACGAGGCGCGGACGCACUUCUUGAUCAUGAGGUUCAGGCGGCUGACGGGCUCCACUGCAGACACCUUCCUUGAGUACAUCCAGCGCAACCUUCCCGAGGGUGUGGCCAUGAAGGUGACAAUGCACGAGCUUGAGAAACUCCCACAGCACGUCAAGCCGUCCCCAGAGGUGGUGGCGUGAGGUUGCCUGCUGUUCCUCAGUAUCCUCUCAGCACUCCUUGCAUUUUUUUAUUCACACCGUUGGAGGCACAUAAAAGACUUGUUUGUUGAUUAAGAUACUCAGCAGUGGUGUGUAGAAUUUCUUCAGAGGGUAGAACUAGGAGAGAAAGACCAAAGAAAACUUGCAACUAGUUAGUGCAGACCUGCAGGCAGUGCAACCUGUAGCUUUUCUGAAGCAACCUACCACUUUUUUCUCCUUUCCAAUCAUCCCACACUAUAUGCCCCUGAAAAUGUAACUUGCACUGUAUAAUCUUUUAUCCUCCAUGAAAAUAACUUACCAAUUUAUACAUUAUCAUUUAGAAAUGCAAAAAGAAAGAGUAAUUGCUGGUGAUUAGAGGCUCUGCACAAUGAGUGUAAUGAGUGCAUAGGAAUGGCUGGUCCUGCCUACAGAUACUAGGCCUAAACAGAGGCUAUUGCAAAUCAAGCAGAAUGGAGGGCUUCUAGGAGAACAACGCUGGCACAUGGACGCUUGUAUGGAGCCUUUCAGACUGAGUACAGAAUCACCAUAGUAAUGUCCAGGGGAACAUUGAUUUGAAAGUGUAUACAACACAGUGUAUUUUGAAAUGUUACAAUAUUUAGAAUAAAAAAAUCUUGUUAAAGUUUAGCUCAUCUAUACAUUCUUGGAGCUUCAGUUUUGUAAUGCAUUAUGGACAUGUUUGGUAAUCAUGGUGUCGAGUCAUUGCUCUUUAAGACAGAGGACACUUGAUGCAGCGUGUUGCUGGCAAAAUCUGCUUUGGCUGUGGUCAUACUUGCAGCCUUGUGAUUCUAGAGGGCUCAAUUCUGCUGCAGGGUGAUGAAUGAAAGAGGGGCACUUUGGAUGUUGGAGUAGGAAAUUGUUUUUGUAACACGGAACAAUGUAUGUAAAUUGUAUAAAUAGUAUGAUCAAUUUUAAAUUUUGUUAGUUA